CGCCCCAACCCGGCGGGAAUGAGGGCGCCGCGGCAGCGGACGGGGCCGGGCCGGGCCGGGCAGGGCAGGGCCGGGCCGGCAGCCGCGGAGCGGCGGGCAGCGCCAUGGGGCUGGAGACCGAGAAGGCGGACACCCGCAUCUUCAUGGACGACGACAACUUCCCGCGGAGCGGCGGCCCCGCGCUGUCGGAGGCGGAGAAGUGCGCGGAGGACGAGCUGGACCGCGACCCCCACGGGCUGAACGCCCACCUGCAGCUGGGGUUCGAGGACGUGAUCGCGGAGCCCGAACUGACCCACUCCUUCGACAAAGUGUGGAUCUGCAGCCACGCUCUCUUUGAGCUCAGCAAGUACCUGAUCUACAAGCUCCUCACCCUGGUCCUUGCCAUACCCCUGGCCCUGGUUGUGGGGAUCGUCUUCGCCGUGCUCAGCUGCCUGCACAUCUGGAUUGUGGUGCCUUUUGUGAAAACCUGUCUCAUGGUCUUGCCUUCAGUGCAGACUAUAUGGAAGAGCCUGACAGAUGUUUUCAUCGUACCGUUCUUUCAGAGCAUAGGCCGAUGCUUUGCCAUGGUUAAUAUACACCUGGACCAAGAGUAAACACCAGGGAUGCGACACUGCCGUAAUUGUAGCUGGUGUUACACCUCUUUGCUAACCUAACAUAUAAGCACUUACCAUUCCAAACUGUUAAUUUACAAUGGCUGGUUUAAGUGGGAACAUGCUAUUUUUACUAAAACUCAUUUAUUAUCAGGGAGAUCAGUUUAAGUAGGCAGUUUUCAUAGCUCAUUAUUUUAACAACAGAGCAAUCAUGGAGUAUGUUGGCAACACUUUAUUUUAAUGGUACGUUGAUUGCUAGAUUACAGGAGAAUUCUCAUGGAGGUUAAACAGCCACCACAGUGAUAGUGACUGGCAUUAUUACUAUAAAUAUUUCGAUACCUUAGGUGAAACUGAUCUCUAGGGUUUCGCGUUGGCUUUACUGCAGUUCCACCAGGGAUCAUUCUUGGCCCUUGCUAUGCAGAAUGAUAAACCCAGUCCUGUACUACCAGCAGUUAAAACGAACAUGACUCAUUGCAUAAACAUACAGGGAAGGAACUGUUGUGUAAUUCUCCUGUAUUGGCGGGGGGUGGGGGGAGGGAAGCUCCCUAGAAGUUUAUCCCUUAAAAUAAGGUGUUAGCUAAUGAUUUGGAACAUCAGCUAAUCUGUAUAUUUUAUUUAAUGAGAGGUUAACUUUGCUGUAUAUUUUGUACCUUUGUAAAUGGCACUUGAUCAGUUUUCUUUGAAGUAUUAUUUACUAUAGUAUUUGAAUUCUAACCAACUUAUUAGGCAGUAAGGGUGAGACACUGCAAAAAAAAUUAACUAAAAUUUACAUUUCUAAAUUAUGUAGAUUUUUAAGUGUUGCCAUGCAAUUCUGGUAUAUUCAUUAUAUAUGGUUACGUGUAAAAGCAAAGAUUAUAAGUUUUCAUACAAGACUAUGCAAAAGAGCUGGAAAUAUCUGUUUAUGAGAAAUGUUUUUUAUUAAAAAUGGGGUGUAGUAAAUGCAACCCUGCCUAUUUCUGUAUUAUUUGUAUGAACACUGUGAUAUUUAAAAUGGUAGACACUAUGCUGGCACUUUUAACUAGGUAGCAAGCUUUUAUGGAAGGCAUGUGAGUGUAACUGGUAUCCUUGUCUAAUUCUCCUCACCUAGUGACUUGACCCUCCAUGUUGCUUAUUUACUACUACAAAGCCUAAUCCCUAAAAAAAGCCUUCUUUCUUCUGCACCUAAUAUGACUUUGUAAACUAGAAUAGCAGAAUGUAUGCAGAGGUACAUUAAAAUUAAUUUAGCCUUCUGAUGGGCUUAUGCUGCUGUUUUCUUUAAAUACAGAUGGUAAAUUGCAAUUGUAAAAUGUGUGAUUUAGAAUGUUAUUUUCUAAAAUGAUGUCACAGAUUUCUUAUCAAACAAGAAGUAUAUAAUAAAAUAAUAAAACGUUGGCUUUUUCCCA